AUGGCUCAAGGUGGUGCUAUUCUUAUAAAUACUCACGUAGUCGAUGACUAUGAAAAUAUUGGUUCAGACAGCUCAGAGGUUAACCAAGAACCUUCAUUAUUAGAUGUUUUACCAUUUACCCAUUUAAAAGGAAUAUCUUUAUUAAGUGUUUUUUCAUUAACAAUGAAUAUUAUGAUUGGUACUGGUGUUUUUGGUAUGCCUCUUGCAUAUUUUGAAGCUGGUCUUGUUCUUUCUCUUGUAUUGUUAUUUAUUUUUUAUUUAUUAACUUCAUGUACUGCACUAUAUGUUUUAGAAGCAAUCUCAAGAGUAGGGACAUAUAUUAAAAGAAAUGACUUGUUAACUGGAUAUAAACAUAGUAAAGUAGAUGUAUAUGAAGCAUAUGGAUAUACUUCUCUUGCUUCUCAUACAGCUGGAAAAUGGUUUAAAACUGUAAUUAAUAUCUUAAUGAUUAUCAAUUGUUAUGGAAUUUUGUGGUCUUUUGUUGGAACAAGUGUAAGUUCAAUAGGAACUAUUUGGUGGUCAUUUCAAAAUGAACCUGAACAUUGUCCAGUUAAAGGGCAUUUUUCAUUAGAAUGGGAAUGUCAAGCAACAUAUUACGGAUCAAUUUUAUUUUAUGCUUUACUUGUUGUUCCAUUAUCCUUUUUAAAAUUAUCAUCUCAAACCUUUGUUCAAUUUUUAAUGAUGUUGUAUUGUGUUAUUGUUUUUGCUUUGAUGUUAAUUACAUGUUUUGUUCGUCUUGGAUUUGAUGGUCCAAUUAGUGAGAUUAAAGUUUUUGAUUUCUCAGGAUUUGGAACAGUAUUUUCUCAUACCGCUUUUGCUUUAGUUUGUCAUAUCAGUAUUCCUGAUAUAAUUGCUCCUGCAGAAAAAAAAAAUAAAACUCAUAUUCCAAUCAUUACUUCAUUAUUUAUUGCUUCAUUGUUUUAUGGACUAAUUGGUGCAGUUUGUUCUGUUACCUUUGGAGAGACUGUUCAAACACCAGUAACCUUAAAUUGGGGAAGUUAUACAGGAAUACGCUCUGGAUGGACAGAAGGAAAAACUCAAUGGUAUGCAUAUAUUAUUCGAUAUUUAAUAGUUUUCUUUCCAUUAGUAAAUCUUACAAGUUCAUUUCCUAUUGUAGCACAAACAGUAACAGGUAAUAUUUGUUCAAUGUUUUCCGAAGAAGUGAUGACAGGUAAAAAGAAGUAUUUAAUUAGAUAUAGUGCACUUUUCAUAUCUAUUAUUAUUCCUUUCGUUUUGGGAUCGAUUUCUUCUUCAUUAGAAACAAUCUUUGAUUUAACUGGUUUAAUUUCUUUUAUUUUAGUAUUUAUCGCUCCAUGUGUCUUCCAUUUAUUAUCAAUCAGGCUAUUUCAAAAAUGUUCUUUAUUCUCAUAUCAUCCACACACCCCAUUUUCUAGUUUGUUUAUCUUUUAUCAUUGUAUAGAAUAUAUUUUAAUUUAUCAUUAG